CUUACCCUUAUGCUUAGAUUCCUCAAGCAUUGCUUUAAACUAGGAUAUCAUUCCAAGUCCUUGAUAUCUGAUUCCAGGGGUGUACUCUGAGUCUCCAAAACGCACUACCCCGUCCUAUGUCUCGCCAAGGUAUCCCACAGGUGACAAAGGUCCUACUCUCCCUUUUGGUGGCGCUAUCGUUCCUAAACACCGCUGCAAAGUAUGCUACAUACUUCUAUUUGGUAGCAGUAAAUGACCAUGUUUCUCCCGAGGAUGCCCAAGCUAUACUUCAUCCGCACGAUAUGCGGAAUCCGUACCUCACGUUUGAUCCAUCGUUGUCCAUUUUGGUGCAGCCGUGGGUAUUGGUUACGUCGUCCCUUAUCGAAGAGAACUUGGUGGCUUUUUUGAUCACCUUCGCAUCGAUCUUUCAAAUGGGAAGGUAUCUCGAAGUUUUGUGGACAUCGCGGGAGUACAUGACCUACAUCUUCUUGAUCAAUAUCGUCGCCACCAACUUCACAACCUUCCUUUACUACAAGAUCCACUAUAUAUAUAUCCCUGAUCUGGAUAAUUCCGUGACAGGCCAUAUUGGGUCGUCAGCCGCUAUCAUCAUGGGGCUCCUUGUUGCAAUCAAGCAGCGUAUUCCAAAUCAUUACUUGUUGGUGCUAGGAGGAUACGUGCGGAUUCGCGUUUCCAUCGUUCCCUUUCUCAUAUUUCUUUACUUGUGUUUCAUGGCUAUUGUCGUCGAUGAAUCCUAUUCUGUCUGUAUAUCCCUUGCUCUUGUGUCAUUUGCGUUCAGCUGGAGUUAUUUGCGAUUAGUUAAGGAGAACAGGAAUGAAAUGGGUAACUACCUACUUCCUCUCAGCAAUAACAGUGCCGAUGACUUUACGUUGACCAUCAGCAAGCUCAACAGCCUCAAUGGUGACCGAACAGAAAGUUUUUCAUUGCACACGUUUUUCCCGUAUCCGUUGUCACUCAUCGUUAAAGCCAUGACCACUACCAUCUUUGAUCAGGUGCUCGUAAGGUUUGGUAUUAUGCUUAUCGACGAUUUCAAAGACGGAGACACUGAUUCUGGCUAUCAACAUACUCACCAAGAGUUUAAAGAGUUUAAAGGAAAGUUUUUCCAGUCAUCGCCGUUGAACGGAGUUGCCGGGGAGCCGCAACAGAACGACUAA